GGAUCCUGGAAUCGGCGGGGAGGUGGGGAUUCUGGGAGGAAAACUCCAUUUCCUCCUUCCCCGCCGGACUCGCCCCUCCACCCGGCACCCCAAAUGUCGAUCUGUCGCCUCCCGGGCGCAGCGCGCUGGUGCUGAGCGAGGCGGCGGCCGCCGCGCCGGGAGAAUGCUGGGCAUGUACGUGCCGGACAGGUUCUCCCUGAAGUCCUCGCGGGUGCAGGACGGCAUGGGGCUCUACACGGCCCGCAGAGUGACAAAGGGUGAAAAGUUUGGACCGUUUGCUGGAGAGAAGAGAAUGCCUGAAGAUUUGGAUGAAAAUAUGGAUUACAGGUUGAUGUGGGAGGUUCGUGGGAGUAAGGGAGAAGUUCUGUACAUUUUGGAUGCUACCAACCCACGACACUCCAACUGGCUUCGCUUCGUUCAUGAGGCACCAUCUCAGGAGCAGAAGAAUUUGGCUGCCAUUCAAGAAGGAGAAAACAUUUUCUAUUUGGCAAUUGAAGAUAUAGAAACAGAUACAGAGCUUCUGAUUGGCUACCUGGACAGUGACACGGAGGCUGAUGAGGAGGAACAGCAAAUUAUGACAAUGAUCGAAGAAGGGGAAGUUAAAAAUUCUAAAGGACAAUCAACAGCUGGCAGAAAAGAGCGCUUUGGCUGUAAAGAGGACUAUGCUUGUCCCCAGUGUGAAUCGAGUUUUACCAGUGAGGAAAUUCUUGCUGAGCAUCUUCAGACAUUGCACCAGAAACCCACAGAGGAGAAAGAAUUUAAGUGCAAGAACUGUGGGAAGAAAUUUCCAGUUAAGCAGGCUUUGCAAAGACAUGUUCUUCAUUGCACAGCGAAAAGCAGUCUGAAGGAUUCUUCACGAAGUUUUCAGUGCUCUGUUUGCAAUUCUUCCUUCAGUUCAGCAUCGAGUUUUGAGCAGCACCAGGAGACUUGCCGGGGCGAUGCCAGGUUCGUGUGCAAAGCUGACAGCUGUGGAAAGAGGCUGAAGAGCAAGGAGGCCCUGAGGAGACACCAGGAAAAUGUCCACGCUGGAGAUCCUAAGAAAAAGCUCAUAUGUUCAGUGUGCAAUAAAAAGUGUUCUUCAGCAUCAAGCUUACAGGAACAUAGAAAGAUUCAUGAGGUAUUUGAUUGUCAAGAAUGUAUGAAGAAAUUUAUUUCAGCUAAUCAGCUAAAACGUCAUAUGAUCACUCACUCAGAGAAACGACCCUAUAAUUGUGAGAUUUGUAAUAAAUCUUUCAAGAGGCUUGAUCAAGUGGGUGCCCACAAAGUAAUACACAGUGAAGAUAAACCUUACAAAUGCAAGCUUUGUGGAAAGGGAUUUGCCCACAGAAAUGUUUACAAGAAUCACAAGAAGACCCACUCUGAAGAGAGGCCGUUCCAGUGUGAGGAGUGUAAAGCUCUGUUCCGAACCCCGUUUUCUUUGCAGAGACACCUGCUCAUACAUAACAGUGAGAGGACUUUCAAGUGCCAUCACUGUGAUGCUACCUUUAAAAGGAAGGAUACCUUAAAUGUUCAUGUCCAAGUGGUCCACGAUAGACACAAGAAAUACAGAUGUGAGCUGUGCAAUAAGGCAUUUGUUACACCUUCCGUGCUUAGAAGUCAUAAGAAAACACAUACAGGAGAAAAGGAGAAAAUCUGCCCAUAUUGUGGCCAGAAAUUUGCCAGCAGUGGGACCCUGAGAGUUCAUAUCCGUAGCCACACAGGUGAGCGUCCCUAUCAAUGCCCUUACUGUGAAAAAGGAUUCAGUAAAAAUGAUGGACUGAAGAUGCACAUUCGUACUCACACCAGGGUUUGUGACUUGGCUUUUAGCUUGAAGAAAAUGCUGAUCCGACACAAGAUGACUCAUAAUCCCAAUCGUCCGCUGGCAGAAUGCCAAUUUUGCCAUAAGAAGUUUACAAGGAAUGACUACCUCAAAGUGCACAUGGACAAUAUCCAUGGCGAAGCUGACAGCUAAUGGUAGCUGUAAAGGAGUUGAACCAUUCAGAAGGGCUCCUAAUAUGAAACCCAGAUUUCUCUCACCUGAUUAGCAUAGCAGAAAUAGCCAAGAGCAAUUCACUGGUCUCACAGUUCUUACUUGCCUACCUUUAGAGUCUGUAGAUGCAUAGACAAAAGAAAAAAAAACCCCUACUUUUACCAAG